GAUUGCAGUCUGUUUCCUGCGCGCGGAAUCACAGGACGCUGUCUGAACCGUCUCUGGUUUUCCGGACGUGCAAACGACAAUCAUCAGUGACUGUGUUGUGAUAAGUGUAUGUGUUCUGCGUUGUCUUAACUGGAUUCUUACAAAAUUACUCGGACAGGUUAAGCUUGUGCUGUUUCACGUUUAAUCGGACAGUGAGUUUCGAAAAAGUAAAACGUUUUUGAGUUACUUGCUUAGCUGCUAUGGGUGGGGAAGAUGUAUGGAGAGAAUGAUCCAUUCAGCUGGUUGGCAGAUUUCCCGUCUUUCACGAGAUCGACAUCUGGAACUCAUUCUGGGCCAGAUUAAUCCAGAAUGCAUCCUCGAAUGCUAGUUCUUUAAGCUGGCUGUUUGUGGAUUGCAUGGCUUCGAGGCAUAAUGAUAACUGUGCCGAUCAACAUCUCGAGUCCGUACCAGGCUCAGGACAGUGAGGCCGGCAGUCUCGGGCGGUCCCCCAAGGUGAUUGAAUUGUUCAAUGCAAUGAGGGACCAAUCUAAAGAGGGAAACAAUGUGGCUCCAAACAAUGGCCGUUCCCUUAGCAGCGCAGCUGCAUUAACGUCGCUGUGUGCUGAUAUAUCUCCAAGCUCUUCACAUUUCUUUGAAGUAUUAUAUAUUGGUAAAAUCAAGGUCUCCCACAAGAAGGUACCAGACUCAUUUAUCGAUGAUGCACUGGAGAAGUUCCGGGUUCACGAGUUGGAGAAAGGAAAGGGUAAAGCUGUAAAAGAUGGCAGCAAUCAUAACAUAUCAACGCUUGGAGCCUCUGCUGGCAGCAAUGGACAACUUAACCAAGCACACACUCCAGGCAAUAGUAUUGUAAUAGGUCUCUGUCGAGAUGAGGAGCACGGUCAUAGAGGAUCACACGACUCAGGAUGCAGUGUGGAAUUAGAAGCUCCAGAUCACCUGAAUGCUGUGUCACCCACAGUCCUGUCCCCCAUGGUGGUGGCACCUACUGGCAACAUAAAACUUGCAGAUUCCUUUGAGGCUCUCAACAUAACACCUCCAGGGGAAAGCAGUGUUGUGGUGCCAACAAUACAAAGUGAAGUGGUUCCAGUGCAAGCGAAUUCUGCCAUCAGGACUGAAUCAACCUGGACGAAGCAGCAGUCACUCCCACUUGAACCAAUGAGGAAUCGAGCAGCGUCCACUGGCAGUGCAAAAGAGUUGAAGAAGACGGACGGUACGACUGAUCACAACCGCACGAUGCUAUUUCAAGUUGGUCGCAUCGAUUUGAGGCUCAUCAGUCCAGACAGAAAGCAAAUUCUACUGCACAAGCACCUGAAAGAUGUUGCUAGCUGCAUCCAGGUACUGAUGGGCUGGAGGUUAUGACCUGGAAUAUGUACGUGAAAGUGGGUUGAAAAGUAAUGCCUCCUCUUAAAUAACACGUGAAUUGGAAGGAAUCUUUUUAUGAAACAAAAACGUAUACAAAAUUU